UCAAAUGAUGAUUAUUGAGGGCGGAGAGCUGCGGCGGCGAAAGGAGCAUCUGUAACCCGGGUAAAAAGCCGACUAACACCUCGACGAAAUUCCGCCUCAGAGCUCCGGAGCAGUGAGCGGGACAGGAUGUUCACCCCCCGGGGAGCUUCGGGCUCGGCACGCCGCCACACAGCGAGGACCGGCGGCAGGAAGAGUGUGAGCACGCCGUCAGGGCUGCUGUUCUCCCCGCGCAGAGCUCCACUCACUCCCAGCCGAGCGACGCCCACGCGGGUCCAGAGCUGCGGCGCCGUGGACUCGUGCCACUACGACGUGCAGCCGUUCGGAUCGUCCCUGCCGGUCAAGGUGAUGGAGGUCCUGACCACGGCCGAGGCGGACGAGCAGAUCUCUGUGAAGGUGGACCGGUCAGGCUGGGCGUGGCUGGUGUGUGGGGAGAGGCUGAUCAUCUGGAAAAUCUCUCAGACUCCGGUAGCAAAGCUGUCGGUGUGUAAGGACCUGCAGUUGGCCCCCAGCGACUACGCGUACACCGCCGACCUGAUCGCCGUCAACUCCUCGUCCCCUCUGGAGUCGGCUUCCGUCCAGUGCGUGUGCGUGAUGGCCGCGUCCCCGGACGGCCCGGUCCGGUUCUGGCCCAGCCUGGCCCACGAGGGGACGUACGUCGAGACGCCCGCCGACCCGGGAGGACACCCGCGCGACCACGUGGCUGCGGUCAGGGGAGGCUCCUUCAUCGUGUCGUCGUACCGCGGGCACCUCCUGCGGGCGGGCCCGGACGGAUCCGGGCGGCUCUACCAGCGACCGGUGCAGCAGGGACACGGCGUGCUGUCGGGCAUCGGGCGCCGCGUCUCCAGCCUGUUCGGGCUCCGCAACCCCCCGGCCGACGCCACCGUGCACGGCGUGCUCUACGCGCCGCACUCGGGCGCCCUGUACACGCUCGGCACGUGCGGGCUGAAUAAGUGGGAGGUCGGGGACGCCACGGAGGUUCAGGUGCUGAGCUGGAACGCCUGUCCCGUCCUCGCCGACAGCAUCUCCGACGCCAUCUGGGGCUCUGAGAGUAACUACGGCGAGAUCAAGGAGGGCGUGAACGUGGCUUAUCUGGACAUGCAGCUCAGCCACGCCGGUCUGGUGGUGCUGGCCGCGGCGUGGCACCCCGCCGACACCCCGUGUCUGGCGUAUUUCUGCUUGGUCACCAUCCCGGACGCCGUAGGACCCGCCACGGAGGAACUCCCCGUGGAGGUGACCAGAUAUAACCCGCCCUUCCAGACCGAGGACGAGCUCCACAAGACCAGGAUGGUGUUGCCGUCGGAGACCGGCCCGGCCGCGUAUCUCUACAACGAGGAGCUGGUGUACGCCUGCACCACCGGCGCCGGGCGCUCCGGGCUGCCCGAAGAGAAGCUCAGCUUCAACUUUCCCAGCGACCGCAUCCACGGCGCCGGCGUGUGCGCCGACUGGCCGCUCUUCUUCUCCCGGCUCAACGGCCUGGUCGCCGUGGUAGCCAGAGAGAGCGCCUCCAUCCUCCCGGAGACCGUGGAGGAUUCGCUCUGUACCUCGGUGGCCGGAGCCGGACCGGAGGGGACGCCCCCCAAACUGGAGCGAGUAGCAGACGAGGACAAAACCAAGCAGCUCAAGCGAGCUUUCCUACAGUUCUGCAGGAACGACCGCGUCGGCGCCCAGAACAUGGCCGACCGGCUGUUCCCGCACGACGCGGAGGAAGGCCGGGAGGGGGCCGAGCUGGACGGCGUGGUCGCUCGGAUCGACCUGGACCUGGUGGACGAUUACCCCGCCUCCGACCCGCGCUGGGCCGAGUCCGUCCCCGACGAGAGCGCCGGCUUCACGCUGACCUCCCUGAUUCUCCUGCACCAGCUGGAGGAUAAAAUGAAAGCGCAUCACUGCUUCAUGGACUUCCUGCUGCAGAUAUCCAAUCAGAACGAGCCUCGAGUGCAGCGGCGAGCAGUAAAAACCGAGCCUCAAAGCUGCUGUAGAUCUGCAUCUCCUAAGACGGGGCUCCUGGACCACCUCAGCUCCACGGCGGUGCGCUCGUCUCCCAUGGCGACGCGCCUGCUGCUGUGCGAGCACGCGGAGAAGCUCUCGGCCGCCUUCACGCUGAAGAACCACCACGCCAAGCAGCCCGAGCUGGUCAACGCCGCCAUAACGGCCACGCUGAAGAAGAACGGCACGCCGUUGCCGGCCAGCCUCAGUCCGGCCGACGUCUUCUUCAGAGAGGUGUCUCAGAUCUCCUCCAUCUUGGAGUCGCUGCUGGACGAGGAGGAGAAGUGUCUGAAGGAGAACCCCGCCGCCUCGGUGCAGUGGGCCGAGGUCGUGCUCGACGUCAACGGCAUCAUCAAGGACAUGCUUCAAGCAGCGGUGCAGUACAGAGAGACCAAAGCGUCCCUCUACAGACCGGCGGAGAACGCCCCUGCGGAGCCGGAGUACGUCCCGUGGACAGCGUCCGGCGGCGUGCGCACCGCCAUCAGCCGGCAGCACGAGCUCAUCCUGCACGCCGUGUACCCCCAGGCCGACUCCGGCCUCCGCGGCGCCCUGAGCGAGCAGCUGGUGGCGCUCCUGGACUCCCUGUUCGGCGGCUACGUGGCCCAGCUGGCCUCGCUGCGCCGGCCCGGCCAGCGGGAGCGCCGCGACGCGCUGGAGAUGGAGUACACGCGGCGCCGCGCCGAGCUCCUGACGCCGCUACUGGAGCUGGGGCAGCACCAGUGGGCGGCGGCGCUGGCCGAGAAGUACUGCGACUUCGACGUGCUGGUGCGGAUCUGCGAGCGGACCGACGACCCGGGACGCCUGCAGCACUACAUGAGCAAGUUCGCCCACCAGAACUUCGCGGACUUCCUGUUCCGAUGGUACAUGGAGAAGGGCAAGAGAGGGAAGCUGCUGUCCCAGCCCGUCGCCCAGCACGAGCAGCUCACCAGCUUCCUGCAGGCGCACCAGCACCUCAGCUGGCUCCAUCACAUCCACGUGCAGGACUUCCAGAGCGCUCACCACACCCUGUACAGCCAGGCUAACGCCGAGCAGCGCUACUUCAGCAAGAAGAAAACUCUACUGGCGCUCAGUAAGCUGACCGCUCUGGCCUCCAGCAUGCCCGAAGCUCUGCAGCACAAGCAGGUCAACGAUAUCGUGGAACAGGAGCGUUUUCUGCUCCAUCAGGAGACUCUACCCAAACAGCUGCUGGAGGAGAAGCAGCAGAACCCGGAGAUCAUGCCUGUACUGGGCGCUCGCAACCUUAUCGAGCUGUAUAUCUGUGACGAGAACCGCGGGGCCAACGAGUACGACUUCAAGAAAGCCCUGGACCUGCUGCAGUACGUGGACAAGGUAGAGGACGACGCCGUCGAUAUCGACGCCCUCAAGAGGCUCGUUUUCAGCAAAGCCCUGAAGAAAGACUGGAAGGAGAACUGGUCAGCGUCAGACGGCAGCGAUGAUCCCCUGGAGGCAGCGAAGGACAGCAUCUUCGUUAAGAUUCUUCAGAAGCUCGUCCAAGAAGGCGUUCCUCUCCAGUCCUACCUGCCUGACGUGAAGGACCUGCUGCAGAUGGAUGAGCUGGACUUCCUCAGAUCCAAAUCGUUCUUCGAGUUCCUGCUGAGAGCGAACUACGAGCACUACGUCCAGUCUCAGAUCUGAACCUGACCGUGCGAGGCGGCCGCUGUUCUGUUCCCGCCCUUUCUUGCUUAAUAAAGACGCAUUUCUGUA